AUGCAAUUCAAUCAGAUCAUUGCGGCUCUUGGAACUUGCCUUCUCAUCUCGGCGGCACCUACGCCAAGCCCUGUCAAAUACGCCGCGAGGUUAGAGAAACGGUCCGUUCCAGCUUCAAUCGACGACUUCAACGAGCUUCAUCGUGCAGCUCAGCUUUCCGCUGCAGCUUACGCAGGAUGCUCGAAGGGAGCUUUCGAUGUAACUAUCGUUCAGCAAAUAGACAAUUCUACAACGUAUACUCAGGGGUACAUUCGAUACUCCACUUCUAUAAGAGAAUCACGGUGGCAUUGCGUGGAUCUACAUCUUGUAAUGAUCGAUUUCAUAAACGACCUCAACACUACUCUUGUUACGCCGACGCUCUCCGGGGUCAACUUCCCCAGCGGUGCUCAAAUCAUUAUGGGCAUCUAA